UUUAAAUGAUAGUAGUUUUUCCCAAAUGAUGAUGAAGUAAGAUGGGGAGGGGAAUGGGGCAGUUUAACCUACUGGUAGUAAUUUAAAUUCUGUUAAACACAUAGGAUGCUAGUUCUUGGUAUGGUAAGUAUUUUAUACAAAGGAAUCCCAAACUUUAAAACAUUUUUAUAUCUAAUAGUCUAAAUUAUUGUAUGUUUAUGUACACUCACACACACUCAUGUACAAACCCAUACACACAUUUUGAGUGGAUACUUGCUUUCAAACACAAAUAUUUUAUCCAUAUUUCACAGUCACAUUGGGGAGAAUUUACAAAUAUGAUUUAUGUUUAAAAAUCUGAUGUAUCACCUACCAAUAUUUUCAGUCUUCAUCUAUUUUAUUCUAACGUGAUUGAUUGUUUCCAUUUGGAUUCAAUGGCUAUUGUGUAAGGGGAUUAUGAACAAAUUACAGGGAAAGAACAUUCCCACCAAAGCCUACAUGACUGUGCAGACUAGAAAACUGUCUGAAAGCGAAUGUAGAAUAUUCUCCUUUUAAAACUCUGCAUGGGAGUUUUACACAUACAACAAUGAAUUUUUGGUAAAAUGGAACUCAUCAACAAAUCGCCAACUAACAUCGUACUGAGCAGAAUACAGUGAUUUGUUUACUCUUUCUGGAAAGAAAAACAUUUCAUCUUAAAAUCACCAAUUCGUAGUGAAAAGCGUCAGAAAAUGCAAGAAAAAAAUCUUCAUCAGUGGAAAAUAAGACUGAGUCAUUCUUACACUUACGCAUUUAUACGCAUGGUGUCGCUCUUCACUGAGAACGUAUCCGCGACCAACCAGCCGCCCGCUUCUUCCUUCAGAGAAUAUGGCAGGCAGCGGAAAGCCACUUGCGAAACCUGCCGCAGAAGAAGGCGGUAAAAUUGGACCUUGAGAGGCAGUUUGUCGUAAGGUGUUCUGUAAACUUUAGAUGUCUCUCGAGCCUUUUGAGUGUACCAUGCUGUUUUCUUGGCGAGAAGGCCUGGGAGCCCGACAUCUGCUACUCUUGACUCUGCUCCUCGCAGCCUGGGAGGCAGGAAGCGGCCAGGUCCACUACUCGGUUCCCGAGGAGGCCAAACACGGCACCUUCGUGGGCCGCAUCGCGCAGGACCUGGGGCUGGAGCUGGCCGAGCUGGUGCCUCGCCUGUUCCGCGUGGCGUCCAAAGGCCGCGAGGACCUUCUGGAGGUAAAUCUGCAGAAUGGCAUUUUGUUUGUGAAUUCUCGGAUCGACCGCGAGGAGCUGUGCGGGCGGAGCGCGGAGUGCAGCAUCCACCUGGAGGUGAUUGUGGACAGGCCGCUGCAGGUUUUCCAUGUGGAAGUGGAGGUGAAAGACAUUAACGACAACCCGCCGGUGUUCCCGGAAAGUAAGAAAAGAAUAGGCAUUGCAGAAUUGAGACCUCCGGAAACGCGGUUCCCACUAGAUGGCGCAAGCGAUGCAGAUAUUGGAGUAAACUCGGCCUUAACCUACCGACUAAAUCCAAACGACUAUUUCGCUUUGGACACACAACAUAAUCGUGAACAAACGUCUUCAUUAUCACUCGUGUUGAGGAAAUCAUUGGACAGAGAGGAAAUUCAGGCGCAUGAUUUAUUACUGACAGCCAGUGAUGGAGGUAAACCCGAGCUGACCGGCUCAGUUCAGCUGCUGAUCAAGGUGCUGGAUGUGAAUGAUAACGCUCCAGAAUUUGACCAAUUCAUUUAUAAAGUAAGAGUGUUAGAGAACGCAUUUAAUGGAACGUUGGUGAUUAAGUUAAAUGCCACAGAUCCUGAUGAUGGUGCAAAUGGGGAUAUAGUCUAUUCUUUUAGAAGGCCUGUAUCGCCUGCUGUGGUAUCUGCAUUUACCAUAAAUCCUAACAGUGGAGAAAUUAGGACCAAGGGUAAAAUGGAUUUCGAGGAAAAGAAAUUGUAUGAAAUACCCGUGGAGGCAGUUGACAAGGGUAAUAUUCCUAUGGCGGGUCAUUGUACCGUUUUGGUGGAAGUACUAGAUGUAAAUGACAAUGCCCCAAAGGUUACAAUCACUUCUCUGUCACUCCCCAUCAGAGAGGACGCUCAACCUAGCACUGUCAUAGCCCUGAUCAGUGUGUCUGACCAAGACUCUGGGGUUAACGGACAGGUCACUUGCUCACUUACACCCUACAUCCCCUUCAAACUGGUGCCCACCUUCAAGAAUUAUUAUUCUCUGGUGCUGGAUAGCGCCCUGGACCGCGAGAGCGAGGCCGCCUAUGCUCUGGUGGUGACAGCGCGGGACGGGGGCUCGCCUUCACUGUCGGCCUCGGCCAGCGUGUCCGUGGAGGUGGCAGACGUGAACGACAACGCUCCUGUCUUCACGCAGCCUGAGUACACGGUAUUCGUGAAGGAGAACAACCCUCCCGGCUGCCACAUCUUCACGGUGUCAGCGCGCGACGCGGACGCGCAGGAGAAUGCGUUGGUGUCCUACUCGCUGGUGGAGCGGCGGGUGGGCGAGCGUGCGAUGUCGAGCUACGUGUCGGUGCACGCGGAGAGCGGCAAGGUGUACGCGCUGCAGCCGCUGGACCACGAGGAGCUGGAGCUGCUGCAGUUCCAGGUGAGCGCGCGAGACGCGGGCUUUCCGCCUCUGGGCAGCAACGUGACGCUGCAGGUGUUCGUGCUGGACGAGAACGACAACGUGCCGGCGCUGCUGCCGUCUCGGGCGGGCGGUGCGAUGAGCGAGCUGGUGCCGCGGUCUGUGGGCCCAGGCCAUGUGGUGGCGAAAGUGCGCGCGGUGGACGCUGACUCCGGCUACAACGCGUGGCUGUCUUAUGAGCUGCAGCCGGCGGCGGGCGGCGAGCGCACCCCGUUCCGCGUGGGGCUGUACACGGGCGAGAUCAGCACGACGCGCUCCAUGGACGAGGCGGACGCGCCGCGCCACCGCCUACUGGUGCUGGUGAAAGACCAUGGUGAGCCGGCGCUGGGGGCCACGGCCACUGUGCUGCUGUCACUGGUGGAGAGCGGCCAGACGCUGAAGACGUCGUCGCGGGCGUCGUUGGGCGUUGCAGGCGCUGAGGCGGCGCUGGUGGACGUCAACUUGUACUUGAUCAUCGCCCUCUGCGCGGUGUCCAGCCUGUUGGUACUCACGCUGCUGCUGUACACGGUACUGUGGUGCUCGGCGCCACCCACAGAGGGCUUGUGCGGGCCCGGGAAGCCCACGCUGGUGUGCUCCAGCGCGGUGGAGAGCUGGUCGUACUCGCAGCAGAGGAGGCAGAGGGUGUGCGCUGGGGAGGGGCCGCCCAAGACCGACCUCAUGGCCUUCAGCCCCUCUGUCCCUCCUUGUCUGAGUUCUGCAGAGUUAACAGGCCAGAGAGAAGCUGAACAAGAAAAUUUGCAAGAGCCACGACAGCCCAACCCUGACUGGCGUUACUCUGCCUCCCUGAGAGCAGGAAUGCAUAGCUCUGUGCACCUGGAGGAGGCUGGCAUUCUACGAGCUGGUCCAGGAGGGCCUGAUCAGCAGUGGCCAACAGUAUCCAGUGCCACACCAGAACCAGAGGCAGGAGAGGUGUCCCCUCCAGUGGGUGCUGGUGUCAACAGCAACAGCUGGACCUUUAAAUACGGACCAGGCAACCCCAAGCAAUCUGGUCCCGGUGAGUUGCCAGACAAAUUCAUUAUCCCAGGAUCUCCUGCAAUCAUCUCCAUCCGGCAGGAGCCUACUAACAGCCAAAUUGACAAAAGUGACUUCAUAACCUUCGGCAAAAAGGAGGAGACGAAGAAAAAGAAGAAAAAGAAGAAGGGUAACAAGACCCAGGAGAAAAAAGAGAAAGGGAACAGCACGACUGACAACAGUGACCAGUGAGGUCACCUAAUGGAAACAAGCCACUUAGCCAGUUUUUGUAAUAAUGGCAAAUCUCUCCCAUGUAGCAACUCCCUUCUCCUUUCUCCUAUCCACGUGAGCCCUCUCUUAGAGACCUCAGAAAUCUGCAGAAAGUUCCUUAUGUCUGUCUAGAUCACAUUUAACAGGUUUUGUCUUAAAAGCUUUACUAAGUCUGGUGUUAACUCUUUCUCUCCACUCUGGCUUGUUUUCAGAACCUAAAAAGCAGACCCAAGUUUCCUUUCUCCUCCGCCGCAAAGGAGAGGCUUCCCAGUCCCGCCAGUGAGAGGUUGGACUCUCUGCCCUGUGCUCCGGGGAUCCUGUCUUGAUGACACUUGCAGGGCAGGCUGAAAGGUUUUGAAAUUGAGCAGCUUGGGUGUUUGUGGUCACUGGGUAUGUGUGGCCAUUAGAGGUAAAUGAAUGUCAGACAUCAGCUGGGAUGGACCAGAUUAGACUAGCUGGUGCAAGAUGGGCUGGGAAACAAAGGCAAAAAUAUCAAUGGGAGUUAUAAGUCUGGAGGGGAAAUGUGAAACUAAAAGGGACCAGGCUUUCCUAAAUCUUAAAACUCAAGAGGUGGUGGUUACCCCCUUGCAGACAAGACUACCCCUACUAAUCAAGCUUUAGGAGUCCCUAUAGUCUGUUGGCUGUGGUGUCAUCCUAAAAGCUACAUUAUACCUACCAGUCAAUACUUCAGUGUUUAACAGGGGGCCAGCCAGGGGAACAAAAGCAGAUCUGAUGUAUUUCCUGUAUAUGUCCUUGUGCUCACUUUAUUAAAAAUUCUUUUGCACACAAUGUUCACGAAAAGGCCAGAUCCUUUUCCAACAACACAUAUGCAAAAUGAAAGAAAAAAGAAAACCCAGCACCUCACUUUAUGCUACUUGUUGUUUGAUAGAUUUAUUUAAAAAAGAGAAAUCUAUAGCUAUAAAUCUUUAAAGAGAAAUAUGAUGAAUAUGAUUCCCCUAAACUCCCCUCAAGAGAGAAUUCUGUCUACAGCCAUUUAAAUGAUCAUUGCUGCUACAGAAGUGCUUUAAGAGAAUUGCCUAAAACAUCUGUAUUAUACUGGCCACCUGCCAAUCACAGCUUUACUCUUUCAGGUCGUUCUGGGGCUGCCUCUUGCAUGUAUUAAUUACUAAAUGAAGGGUUCUUUCUCUCUCUCUUUUCUAAGAAAUAAUUAUGUGCACUUUGAAUACACAACCUUCUCCAACCAACUACAUUGACCUAUAAAUUGAAGAAAAAUAUUGUUUUCUCAUACAUACCGUGAGCAGAAUUUUCAGUCCUCUAAUUCUGUGACUUGUCUUGGUGUGCUAGCCUACACCUUCUCUUUGGUUUUGUUUUCCUUUUCUAUAACACACUGAAUUGCUAACCUUACUAACACCUGUGAUGUUACCUGAAAUCAAUCUCCCACAUGUAUGCUGUAUGCUAUUAUAAGACUCCUGAAAUAUACUUACUCUGUGCUUGUGUAUGUGAAUGUUAAUGCAACUAUUACCUAGCGUGAACUUUAAGCUUUAUUGUUGAAUGUAAUUCCAUUAUAUUUCUUUUUGUACACCUGUGAAAAAGUGGAGUAGUGCUUUUUAACCAUUGUUAAUCAGCUUUUGUGUAUGAAAGACAGUAAAAUUUCUUUCUUAAAUCAAGUCACUGGUGAUUCAAGGAAUUUUAUUUAUGGUCAGCCAAGAGCCAUCUCUUGCCAAGACUUGCUGGCAAGGGCAUGGAUAAAGCUGUUUUUUUCUAGUAACAAUUCUGGAAUGAAUAGUGAAGAUAUUCCCUGAGGGCAUGCAAGCACAAAAGUUACCAAUCUGACCUCUUAGAAGUUGCAGAAUGCUUGAAAUUCUAAUUAUAUCUGGAAUAUCAACUCAGAGAGAAUAAGAUUUAUUGUCACCUUAAAUAAGAAAUUUUAAUUUUGUUAAAAUGUACAAUUUAGAAGUUUGAUUAAUUAUUAUCUAUUUAAGCAUUAAAAUAAAAGGGGUAGGAGUCUGUUAUUUUAAAAAGCAUUAAAUCUCAAAAAACC